AUGGAAAAAUUGCUCUGUGGCAUCCUGGUGUUUGGAAUGGCUGUCAUGGUCAAUGCUUGUCCCAAAUAUUGCGUCUGCCAGAACCUGUCUGAGUCGCUUGGGACUUUGUGUCCCUCGAAGGGUCUGCUGUUUGUACCGCUAGACAUAGAUCGAAGGACUGUUGAGCUUCGACUUGGGGGAAACUUUAUUAUUAAUAUCAGCCGACAGGAUUUUGCCAAUAUGUCUGGGCUCGUUGACCUCACAUUGUCCAGAAACACCAUCAGUUAUAUACAGCCGUACUCUUUCACUGACUUGGAGAGCCUUCGGUCUUUGCAUCUGGACAGCAACAGGCUGCCUGACAUUGGAGAAGAUAUUUUGAGAGGCUUAAUUAACCUUCAGCACUUGAUUUUAAACAACAACCAGCUAACCAGCAUCUCUGAUGAAGCCUUUGAGGAUUUUUUGCUGACGUUGGAAGACUUAGACCUUUCCUACAAUAACCUCCGAAGCAUUCCCUGGGAAUCUAUAAGGAAGAUGAUAAACUUGCACCAGCUCAGUUUAGAUCAUAACCUGAUAGACUAUAUUACGGAGGGGACGUUUGCAGAUCUUCAGAAAUUAGCCAGAUUGGAUCUAACAUCCAACAGACUUCAGAAGCUUCCCCCUGACCCUAUCUUUGCCAGAUCUCAAGUAAUUCCAUUAGCUGUUACCCCGUUUUCUCCACCUUUGUCUCUCAGCUUUGGGGGUAACCCACUACAUUGCAACUGUGAGCUGUUGUGGUUGAGGAGACUUGACAGGGAUGACGAUAUGGAAACUUGUGCUUCUCCUCCGGGUCUAAAGGGAAGGUACUUCUGGUAUGUACGGGAGGAAGAAUUUGUUUGUGAGCCUCCUCUUAUCACACAACAUACUCACAAGUUGCUGGUUUUAGAAGGGCAAACUGCCACACUGAAAUGCAAAGCCAUUGGGGAUCCCACACCCAUCAUUCACUGGGUGGCCCCUGACGACCGCCUCAUCGGAAACUCUUCAAGGACAUCUGUCUAUGACAAUGGCACCUUAGAUAUUCUCAUCACUACAUCCAAGGAUUAUGGGACUUUCACUUGCAUAGCAGCCAAUGCUGCUGGAGAAUCGACUGCAACAAUAGAGCUCUCAAUUGUUCAGCUCCCUCAUCUCAGCAAUGGCACAGGCCGAGCUGCCCCACCAAAGUCCAGGCUUUCAGACAUCACCAGCUCCAGCAAGUCUAAUCGAGGGGAAACAAAAGGCCCACCAGAAAGGGCAGUGCUGGUGUCAGAAGUGACCACUACCUCAGCUUUGGUGAAGUGGACUGUGAGCAAGUCAGCCCCCCGAGUAAAAAUGUAUCAGUUGCAGUACAACUGUUCGGAUGAUGAAGUCCUGAUCUACAGGAUGAUUCCUGCUACAAACAAAGCAUUUGUCGUAAACAACCUUGUUUCUGGAACAGGCUAUGACCUCUGUGUUCUGGCAAUGUGGGAUGACACCGCCACUACUCUUACUGCCACCAAUAUUGUAGGGUGCGCCCAAUUCUUCACCAAAGAAGACUACCCUCAGUGCCAGUCAAUGCACAGCCAUUUCCUGGGUGGGACCAUGAUUCUGAUCAUUGGGGGCAUCAUUGUGGCAACUCUGUUGGUGUUCAUUGUAAUACUGAUGGUCCGCUACAAGGUCUGCAACAACUCCCAAGGGAAGAUGUCCAACGUCAGCAACGUCUACUCACAGACAAAUGGAGCACAACCGGUUCAAAAUGGAGUCCUGCCCCAAGUCAACCCCAAAGUGGUGGUGAGAAACGAACUUAUGGAGUUUAACUCUGGGUCUGUGAGAAGCAGCAUCUCCUCUUCUUCCAGCUCUGUGAAUAGCCGUGACUGUGAUAACUAUAGCCUCCAAAGUGAACAGGGCACAUUGUCCAGUAAGUGGAGGCCCCCCUCGAGGUCAAAACACAACAUUGACCGUCUAAUGGGAGCUUUUGCCUCCCUGGAACUGAAAUGUCAGAAAAAGGAGGAGACGACAGACUCCAGAACUUCCACGGCGGCCCGCCAUUCAGACAAAGAACCACUGCUGGGCCAGCCGGAGUCCAAAUUUCGCAGCCUCCUCAUGUUACCUCUGGAGGGCAAAACUAAACGUAGCCAUUCUUUUGACAUGGGGGACUUUGCUACAUCUCAGUGUUGUACCUACCCAAAAAAGAUAACGAACAUUUGGACAAAGAGGAGCCUCUCGGUGAAUGGCAUGCUUUUACAGUACGAUGACAAUGACCUAACAGGGGCAAAAGGGACUUACGGGAGUUCAGAGUGGGUAAUGGAAAGCACAGUGUAA